UAGUGGGAGGUCCGAGUAAGUAGCCUGUCUUCCGGUGUCGCACCACAGUCCACGAUCCGCUUUAUCAGGGCGAAGUGAAGUGCAUACUGUAAAUGGUCAGCAACAAGUGUGCAUAAUAAAGGCGAACUUUCAACUUUCCUGGCUUUGCAGUUUCUCUGCAGGAUAGUCGAGGUGUUCUAUUCGUCUGUGCAACAAACUGCAUCGCGCUGUUUGCUCAAACCGCUGCAAGAAUGAGUGAGGAACAUUUUGACGUGGUUGUAGUCGGCGCGGGCCUGUCCGGACUCAGCGCGGCUCGCAGGCUGCAAAAGAGAAACCCGCAACUCAGCGUCCUGGUUCUGGAGGCCAGAGACCGCGUCGGAGGACGAACUGUAAGUAAAGACCUGCCAGCUGCGAAUGGCGUUGACCAAUGGGACAUGGGGGGACAGUGGGUGUCCAGCUCGCAGACCCAUGUCAUGGAGCUUAUUCAAGAGCUCGGUUUGGAGGUCUUCCCACAAUACACCAAGGGCAAGAAGGUGCAUCACGUGGGAGGUCCGCAGGCCAAAAUCAAAACGUACACAACUAGCAUGCCGUCAUACUCCCCGCUGACCAUGCUGGACUUCACCCUGCUUCUGUGGCGGAUUGAUCGUCUUACUCAGGGCGUAUCAGUUGAAGACCCAAUGAGUUCUCCUAACGCCGAGUUGUAUGACAGCAUGACCCUUCACACCUUCAUGGAAAAACAUAUCUGGACCACACAGGUAAAAGAGGAGCUGGCCUUGUGUAGCCGUAUCGUGUUCGGCAUGGAACCCUCUCAGAUCUCCUUCCUGUACUUUCUGAUGUACUCCGCUGCAGCAGGGGGCACCCUGCGACUCCUGGAGACCACACCUGGCUCGGGGCAGGAGUUGAAGGUCAAGGGGGGCACUCAGCAGCUGUCAAAGAAGCUGGCGGAGCAGAUCGGCAAAGAACGGGUUCGGCUGGGCGCCGCCGUAACGACCAUAUGUCAGAAUUCAGAGAACAUAAAAGUUACGACUUCUGCAGGAACAGUCACUUGUAAAGCUGUCAUUGUUGCGUGUCCUUCUCACUUGGCAGCCCAGAUCCGUUACGAGCCUGCCCUGCCAGCUGAGCGCCAGAGCCUCACCCAUUGUCUGCCUAUCGGCCACAUGAUGAAGUUUAUCGUCACGUACCCCACUGCUUUUUGGAAAGAAAAAGGUUUCUCGGGGGAAAUCGUGGCACGUCCCUCUGAGGACUGCCCUUUAAGCGUCACAUUUGAUGCCACCAGCCCCAGAGGCAAUCCUGCGCUGGUGGGGUUCAUCACCGGAGUACAGGCCUGUGACUGGUGUGACAGAAAGAUGGAGGAGAGAAGAGAUGCUGUGAUCUCCAGCCUGGUGAAGUACCUUGGUCCGGAGGCGUCCACCUACAUUCACUAUGAGGAAAAGGAUUGGGCAAAAGAAGAGUGGACUGGAGGCUGUCCUGUGAAUGUAAUGACCCCCGGGAUGCUAACGUAUUACCACCCGAGUCUCCGAAAGCCUUUCGACAGGAUUCACUGGGCAGGCACAGAGACGGCUACCCAGUGGUGUGGAUACAUUAACGGGGCAAUUCAGGCCGGUCAGCGGGCGGCUAUGGAGGUCCUGGCUCAGAUGUGUCCUUCUUCUCUGUCCCGGGAGGAACUGGACGCAGUGCGAGCUUCCCUAAAACAACGUAAGAAAAGAAAGGAUUCAAAGGGCAAGUCGUGCAAAUGUUAUUACCUCUUCGGCGCGGUAAUGACAGCAGCCGCUGUGGUGGCCGCCUACCUGUUGGCCAAACCGGAGCUGGGAUUUAAAUGGAUUUAAAAACAUUAUUGGCAGCACUUAGCCAUUGUGCCUUGAAAUACACAACUGAAAUAACAGUAAUUUGCAGAAUCAUGUCAACUUGACCUGUUUUACCUUACGUAACGUGUAUUUACUUAAACGCAUUUCUGAAUGAAACAGCAUUUUCAAAGGAAAACAGAGUGGGAUUUGAUUGGAUAAUGAAAAGUUGCAUACCAGAAUAGAGCCAGAUUGUUGGUGGGAAGGUGUUGAGAAAUAAGAGGGCUUGGAGGUGUCAGCCAAAAAGGAAAAGCAUUUCAGAUACACAGCAAGUUUGUGCUGAAAGAUUCGAGCAAGUUAAAAUCCAUCAGUCGUUAAGUAUCAGUAUUAUAAAAUCAAAUAUCAUUACUGUAUAAUCACUUCUUGUAGCUUGUACUUAAUAAUGAAGCUGACUUGUGACAUUCCCAUAUUUGAUUUUCUAAUGGUGCCUCAUAUAAUUAUAACUAGGUGACUAGGAAUAUGAAACAUUAAAGCACAAAAGUGAAGCAAACACACAGUGAGCUACUCCACAAAAAUCCAGUGUUUUUAGGAAACAAAGUAGGUUGGACACACUGUCAAGUUUAAUGGCUCUCGUUGUGCAUAGAUGCAUAAUGCCAUAUAAUUUUAGUUAAUAACAAUAUGGUGAAAUAAUCAGUGAAAAUAUGUCAAACUAUAAUAGAACAAACUGUAGUCAGACAUUUCAAAAUAUAUACAGUAUACUAUAUAAAAAUAUAUAAUAUUCCAGGAACAAUAUCAUCUACUGUUAAUUAGUUUCGUUCAUGUUUACCUGUGUUUGUGUUAACAGUUGUCUGCAAAUUAUGUACUGCAUUCAUAAUAUUACAUUAAUGCUGUCACAUUUGUGACUAUAUAUUUGGAAAUGCACUCUGUAGCUAAUGAAUACAUUUACUAUCCAUUAUUGAUGUUAUUUUUUGUGAUACUUGUAAUUAAUGCUUAAUAAUUACGCUUAUAAUAGAGCCAUAUUAAUUUGUAUGCAACAACUGCAAAAUAAAGCACUUCAUCUGUA